AUGGCUCAGCACGGCGCGAGACGAUCAGAGAGCUCGACCAACUGGCGGCAGCGGGAACCCCAAAGGGAGCCCCGGCCGGCUGCGAGUCCUGCGUCAAGCUCCAGCUCCAGCUCCAGCUCCAGCUCGACCGCCUCGCUGACGUCGACACCCUUCGAGCGGCCGCGGUGGAAGCCGGGCAGCAGCAGCAGCCGCCGCGGCGAGGGAGGAGCAGGAGGCAACAUCCGGGGCUUUCGUGGCUGGGAAGCCGUUGACUGCGGCAGCGGCAGCUUGAGGACGCUGGGUGCCCGAUACCACGAGUCUCCUCCCUCGUCGUCUUCCAAGGUGCAGACGCCCAUUCACCCGGCCAUCGUCGAGCGGAGGAGGCUGUACGUCGGCAACAUGCCUUAUAUGGCCAAGAAGGAGGACGUCGUCGAGCUGUUCGGCGGCCAGGGCGGAGACGAGACCACCAGCCCCUACAAUAUGUACGUCUAG